AGAGGGCGACGCUGCGCUUCCGAGGCUCUGGCUGUGGGAAGGUUUGAGGAGCGGCAGUAACUACACCUAAGACGAUGACUGACAUGCUUGAUAACCACCAAGAGAGCUGGGACUCUCUGGUCUGCAUGGUGGACAAGUACCGUAAACAAACGGGCAACGAUGUCGUCCUCCUCACUGCCUACCGGCCCAAGCUGCAGUCUAACCUCGCCUACGCUGUCCACGGGACGGGGACCCUCUCGGACGCCACCAAGCACUACCUGGACGAUAUAGCCGUUUUCCACAAGACCUCCGUCUACACCAGCAGCACCGUGCUGGAGUGGGGGGGCGGCGGCGGGAAAGCGGCAAAGGAGGAGGACACGUGCAGCGCUGAGGACUCCUUCUCCAAGAGCUACCCGUCCAUUUACGGCAAGGGGGGCUUGCCCGCUGACAGUCUGAGCCCGAUGGAACUGAGAGCAGAGGCAGAAUGUGACUCCGGAGUGGUAGAGAGCGACGAGAGAACAGCUUCGGAAACUGAGAGAGAAGUGGACAGAUGUAACUUAAAUGAUUCUUCAGCUAUUUUCACGAUGGACGAAGAAUCGACCAGUCAGGAUUGUGAGCCCUUCUUUGAAUCUGAUUUGGAUGGUGAGAGCACAGAUGAUGGCAGUUUGAGUGAAGAACUUCCAGUCCGUCCACAAUCUCUAUCUCAAACAAUGUGUCAUCAGUAUGCCAAGUCCUUGCCCAUGUCUGUGCCCAUCUGGGGAUUCAAGGACCUGAAGCCAAAGAAGUUUCACGAUGGGGAUAAUGAAGAACGGUUGCCUUCGCCCGACUUGGACAAGAUUGCCGCCAGCAUGAAAGCCUUGACCAUGAGCGUGACGGACGGCACCGAGAUGUUUGGCGACCUACCUCGACCUCGACUCAACACUGGCGACUUUCAGAAGCCCUAUCGGAAGUAUUAAAAGCACUUUUCGAUCCCUCCCUCCCUCCCUCCGUGCCCCGUCACCCCCAAAACGGCCUCAACACCACCCAACACUACAGAGAUGCUUCCUAUGAAGCAAGAUCUUACUGGCCAGAAGCCUGUGGUAAUCCAUGUAGCACUACAUGUAGCAUUUAAGGUUGUGAAUGACAAGACUGGUUCGAGUUGAUUCUGUAACUUUUUCUUUUGCGCUGAAGGAAAAGUAUAAACUUUAUAGUAUAUUUCUGAUAAAAAGCAUUAUUCCAUGAAUCUACCUUUGUCCUAACUUGUAGGUCUUUCUCCUUUUUCAAUGACCGCCCACAGCUUUUAAACAGCCUAACUGGCCCCCUUCACUGUGCUCGAGCAAGAAUCUUGAAAGCUGGUUGAGUCUGGAGAUCCAACUGGAGGGAAUCUAUUUGAAACCUUGGCCGUUCAUUCUAUCGAAGACCAGAAUUUAAACUUUUUAUCGCCUUUUGAAGGGAGGGUAUAAUCUCCUUGCAUGGAAUAUCAAGCACCCACUGUACAGUCCCCUUUUCCCCCUCAAAUCGCCCCUCCCUAACCUUGUCGGUGAAGUUUCAUGCUGCGCUGACGCAUGUGUAAUCAGCAGCCUGCAUUAGUUCAGGUAGGAACAGGAUCCUUCAAACAUUAUAUUAGUGCAUGCUGCCCCCGCUGCCAACUGAGAAUAUAACCGUCAUAUUUUUCGAAACCACAUUUCAAGGAUCUGAUCAUUUCUGGAAGAAAUUAUGGAAUUUGCCUGCUUGAUAAUGCUUUUUUUUUUUUAAGUGUUUAUUUUUAAACUACAUUCUUCCCCCAGUAAUACUUCCCCAGCUAUUCUUAAAAUCCAAGCAACUCCUGAAAUAAGAUUCAUUUUGUUAUGGCAGUGAGACUGGUUAAUCUGAGAUAAAUAAAAGUGUUCCCGGUGUCCCGAUUUGCCAUUGAUCCUUCCGUUACAUCUCUUGCGGAUCUUUGCCUCUUUAUUCAGCAUCUUUAGAUGGCGCCUCCUUCAGGUGACCUGAUAAAACGUGUGCAUGUGGAUUGUCAAAUGGAUGCCAUCAGCUGGCUUUGCCUUGGAGACUGCCGUGUUGGUUCUGUGCUACCUUGUGGUGCAUAUAUAUGGUCACCCAGCUUAUUUUGAGACUUGUCUCGCAGCAGAUAUCUUGGGUACGGUGGAACUGUACUGCUCCAUUCUCUGCAGCCCAGUCCCAUGAACACAAAGUGAUUCCAAUCCUCUGUGGAUUCGAGGAGCCCGCAGCAUUAGAUCAGUGGUGUACGCUUUAGUGCCCGGGUUUAAUUUAAAAUGGAGGACAUUUUAUGGCCUUUAGCCGUUGACUUUAUGGUGCAUGGCGAUGCUUGCCAUGCACGAUUCUUGUCUAAAGUAACUGGCUCGCUGCUCAAUGCCAGCACAGUUUGGCUGGGAAUUGUCAACUGCAGCAUGAGGGGCCUGUUCCAUCUUGCUUAAGAUGCUGCCUUUGCACAAGUUGCCAUAGGAACUGAAUGCUGCUUGUUCCUGUCUUAAAAUUAUAAAGAAAGCUCUCGUCUCCUUUCAAACAACUCCAGACCCCUCCAACAGUCGCUGCAGCCUAUCUUUUUGUUUUGUUUAAAAAAAAAAAAAAAACUUUUUCUGCUGAAGAAAAGCUUUGCAAUGCAAAUGUUGAGUUGAUUUCCCUUUCUGUUUGCCUGGCUUGUUGGCUGACCUUGCACAGUGUGUUGCGGCCACCUGUUUAUAGACCUAAAUGGCUUGUGUGAUGCCUUUUUUUAAAUUUGUGGCUUGGGAGCUUUUGCGUGUGUUUUUUCUUUUCCUUGUUUCAUUUCAGGCUGGCGACAGUGGUGUUAUUGUGCUGGCUGCUAUCGGUGAAAGUUGUAGAAGAUCGGGUUAGCCUCGCCGGAAUGGUACCGUUUGGCGCGGCCAUUUCGGCACCUUUUUGCUAAUUCAUGAGAACAUCUCACCCAAAACCCCUACAACUAGGUAGAGAGCAGGAAAGUGCAAUCAUUAACAAAGUAGGCCGUAAAUUAUUACAAAAGUCUCGAAAUGCAUUCUACUGGUUUAGCUACAGGUUUAUUAUUGCUAUAUGCUUAAUUGAGAUGAAAGUUUAGAUGAAUUAAGAUUAGUUAGCAGCUGGUUAUUUUUACUUUGGGCAUAGAAAAAUUCAUGACACAAUUUAUAGGGGACAACAGAAACCUACAUUUAUAUUAAACGGGGGGACAAUCAAAAACCGGUGCCGAAAUGUACCCGACC